AUGUUUUCGUCUCUCAAUUAUCUGCACUAUUUUGAAGAUAUCGGAUCCGGUUCAUCUGAUCAUGGGUGGAGUGGAAGGGUUGCUUACGCUGCCGGUGAUGGUGUUGAUGGCGAUGAUUGGGAGCCGAGUGUUGAGCACUGUCGCAACGCUAGUCGAAGCCGUUGUGAGCCUAUCGAAAUUCCAUUAUGUAAAGAUAUCCCAUACAAAUAUACAUAUUUUCCGAACUCUCUGCUACAGCCUGAUCAACAAAGCCUACAAACUCAAACGGAACACUUCAAACCGUUAAUCAAAACGAAUUGCAAUCCGCAUAUUAAAUUUUUUAUAUGCAGCGUAUUUGCACCAAUGUGUCCGGAGCACAUGCCACAAGCAGUAACCAGCUGCCGGUCCGUUUGCGAAGAGGUUAAACGAGAUUGCGUUUCAAUUUUACUGGAAUUUGGAAUUGACUGGCCAGAACCACUGAAUUGUAGCCGAUUUCCGGAGGCACCCAAUCUGUGCAUGAAACCAACCAACGAUCAAAAUAGUUAUCUGGGGCCAGAACAAUUUGAUACGGAACAUCGAGAGCCAGUGACAAGUUUAGAAGGACGAAUAUUUACAAAAACGAUGACAUCAUGUCCACAUGAUCUAGUUAAUCUUGACCCCACUGAUCGUCGUGGUUUAUGUGUUUUUCAAUGUAAUCGUGAUGGAAUGUUCGAUGUUUCCAAAAAGGAAUUUGCUCGAUUUUGGAUGCUUUUAUGGGCUUCCAUUAAUCUUGGUGUUACCGCAUUUACCGUUCUUACAUUUAUCAUUGAUCGACAACGUUUCCGUUUUCCUGAAAGGUCAAUAUUCUACCUGUCAGCAUGUUAUAUGCUUUUUUCAUUACCUCUGUUAAGUCGAGCAGUUUUUCCAUAUGAAAGGAUUGUAUGCGAUAAAUUACCAACCGGACAAACUUUUCUUAUCGUUGGAACAUUGGACAAUACAUCAUGUGUCAUGUCAUUCAUACUUACCUAUUAUUUCUCCGUUGCUAGUAGUUUAUGGUGGCUUAUGCUUACAUUUACAUGGUACCUCUCAGCUGCUCGUAAAUGGGUCCCAGAAGGUAUCGAUGCAUGGAGCAGUUAUCUUCAUUUAGUUGCUUGGGCACUCCCAGCUAUUCUGACCAUUGCAGUGCUCACUACGCAUAAGGUGGAUGCAAACGAAUUAACAGGUUUAUGUUCAGUCGGUAAUGCUGAUCCAUGGGCUUUAUUUGGUUUCAUUAUCGUACCAAAGUUGAUUUUUGUUGUGGUUGGUAGUUGUUUGAUUGUGGCUGGUUUCUCAAGUAUGUGCCGAGAACGUGAUUCUUUUAGGAGACGAGGAACAGAUACAUCAAAACUGGAGAAGUUAAUGGUGAAAAUGGGUAUCUUCAGUGCGCUUUAUAUAAUCCCAGCAAUAACAAUAAUUAUUUGCGACAGUUACCAUAUGUUCAUUCUGAUGCAGUGGCAUCCAGCAACUAUUGCUUGCAAACUACAUGGUGGAAUAGAAAAAGGCCAUUGUAAAAGGCCUGCAUUACCACAGGUUGAAUUAUAUUUUUUGAAUAUAUUCAUGUCGUUGGCAAUUGGUAUUUCAACAGGAAUGUGGACUGUUUCUUCGAAAACAUUCCAUUCCUGGCAGCGAGCUAUCUGUUUCGGUCUAUGUUCUACAGCGCCUGCGAAAUACGGUUCCGGUGGUGGAGUGACUAGUUCGUUAACCACUUCAGCGACCCUUGGAGCUGCUAAUCGACCACUCAUCCCAGCAGCAAAUCCACCACCCGCUCCACCACCACAUCAUCAUUACAUGCCGAUGACCGUAUCCUCUUUACCACCAAGCCAUAUUACUGUUGCACAAAAUGCUGUUUCUGCUGCUGCUUGGAAGCAAUCGAAAAUUAUGUAA